AUGGACAAUGCUCUUGCAACAUUAGCUCGCGUUGCUGAAGAAAACCACAUUAACCUGCUCAACAGUGAUCAAUCAAGCCUACCUCCUCCAUCGGGCGGCAAGCCGGCGACUUCACUCUUCGGAUCCUUCAACACUUCACAGCCUCAGCAAAAUGCAAGCGCUGCGCAAGCACAGACAAGUAGUCUCUUUGGAAACACCACCUCCCAGCCUGCACAGACAAGCAGUCUCUUUGGUGACACCACCUCCCAGCCUGCACAGACAAGCAGCCUCUUUGGGAACAACUCUCAGCCGGCACAGACAAGCAGCCUCUUUGGCAACACUACCUCUCAGCCGGCACAGACAAGCAGCCUCUUUGGCAACACUACCUCGCAGCCACAACAGGGUUCCAGUCUCUUUGGUGGCAACCAAAAUACUCAGUCCGGCGGAGGCUUUUUUGGGUCACAGCAAGCUAAUCAACAGACUACGGGUGGAUUGUUUGGCUCCACCAACGCUCAACAGCCUCAGCCUCAACAGACCAAUCUCUUCGGCUCAGUAGGGCAAAAUCAAGCCCAGCAACCGCAAAACAGUCUAUUCGGUGGAACCAGUGACCAGAACAAAACGUCCUCACUAUUUGGCAAUAUGCCAGGCCCGGCCCAAAAUCAGCAGUCUACAAUGCAGCCACCCCCAGCCCGCAAGCUGUUCCCGAGCCAGAUUGGUCAAUACACUCAACAGCAGCAAACCGUACCAGGGGUUCGGAUUCUCGAUGUGAACCAGCUUCGCUCCACAACACGCUUCAAUGAUUUACACGAAGACCUACAAAAGGUCAUCGAAAACGUGGACAAUUUCAUUUCAGGACAGAUUCGAUGUCAAGAAGAAUGUGCUCAACACACCGAGGACAUCAAUCAAAAGUGUCAUCAAAUACCACCAGACGUCGAGUACUGCACGAAGGCAUUAGAUACGACGCAACAAGCCCUGGAAAACAACGCAGAAUCCAUUGCCUUUGCCAAAGGCUUGGUGAAGGUCGAUGUAGCGGAUGCGAAGUUGAGUUUUCAAACCAUCCAGAACUUGAAGAUGCCCCAACAAUUUCAGCAAAGCGGCAUGUGGAACACAACAGGGAUAUCGCAAAGUGGAGGAUCGUCAUUUCCAGAAGAAGAUUUAGAGGUGGGCGCAAGUCGAACCCUUGUGGAAUACUUCUCGAAACAAGCCGAUGUAAUGUCAAAGACCCUGGACGCCUACAAGCGUAGUAUUGGCCAAGUUGAGGCUUACCUGAAAGAUGUGGAGUCCAACGCUAUGCAACAAAUGCAACAGACGAUGUUCAAUAGAGGACAGGAUGGAGUCGAAAAGAGCGCCGAGGAACAAGUCAGACAACUAGCUGCGGUCUUGAGAGACUUUGAACAUGGGAUAACCGGCGUCGCUAGCAGGGUUGGGGUUACUAGAGAUAAAAUUCAAGAAGUCGUACUGGGCCCAGAUGACAUGGUUGGGGAAUUGAGUACGAAGAGGUAUGGUAUGCCUUAG